GUGGCAGAUAAUUUUGACAAAGACCUUGCGGAUGGUCGAGAUGUUCUUGAUUACUCUUUCUUGGGGGCAGCUUCAUUGGCUUUUGUCGUCCGAGUGCUUGUAUUGGUCGCUCUAAAGCUUGUGGUGAACAACUUUGGAAAAGGACUGAAAGAGACUGUGUUUAACCUGCCAGUGACAGGAGGUGAGCCUCCAAUGUUUCCAAUGAAAUGAAAGACAGCAAAGUGAUGUGGAAUAGUUUUCUGUGGGCCAUUGGGAUGAGAACUUGCGAUAAAUAAUUGUUGCAAAGUGACGACUAGAACAUUACAGAUCUAGCUUACAAGCCCAUAGAAUAUAAUUUAAAUUUUACCUUCUAGAAGCCUGAGCUCUUAAGGUAUUGAAUAAAUACUUAGCUGGUCAACUUCAGAUGCUUCUCAGUUAGUUCAGCUCUCAGCAUGUAAAGCUGUGUAAGGUAUAUUAUUACACGACUCGGGCAGUCAGAGGGCCAAUAACUAAAAUCAACCAAUCAAAAUGCUUUAUUGCCGGUCAAUAUUCUCUCAGUAUUGGACUGGGCACUGUCCCGAAUGCUCCCGAAUGAUUCCGCAGUUGUGUCCCUUUGAACUUCAGUCGUAUAAUAAAUCUCUUAUUAAUCAAGCUUGCUGGGGACGGCACUGGAAGAA